AUGCAGACAGGAAGACUGAGGAAGAAGACAAGACUCCGCCACCAGCCAACCGUGAUGAUGAAACUAAGGCGCCAGAAGCUCCAGUCGAGCCAUCUCCAACGCCUUAAGAAGAGGUCAAGCCGGCAACCCCACCACCAACUACUGCUCCGCCUGCACAACCAGACAACCAAGAAAAACAAAUCCGCCCAUCAAUAA